AUGGGAAUCCUCAACCAGACUGAGGUCACGGAGUUCAUCAUGAUGGGCUUCCCCAGCCUCCAGCCCUUCCACAAGCCCCUCUUCCUUUUGCUCCUCCUCGUCUACCUCUUCACCAUCUUCGGCAACCUGCUCGUUUUCACCAUCAUCCGCACCGACCCCAAGCUCCACACUCCCAUGUACUUUUUCGUCAGCGUCUUGUCCUUCUUGGAGAUCUGCUACACAGCUGCCACCAUCCCAAAGAUGCUCUCCAACUUGCUCAGUGAGAGGAAGCGCAUCUCGUUCUCCGGCUGCCUCCUACAGAUCUACUUCUUCCAUUCGUUGGGGGCCACCGAAUGCUACCUGCUCACCGUCAUGGCUUACGACAGGUACCUGGCCAUCUGCAGCCCCUUGCGCUACCCAGCCGUCAUGACAUCCAAGCUGUGCAUCAGAUUAGCUGCCAGCUGCUGGGUCUGUGGCUUGCUAGGCCCCAUCGCCGAAAUCGUCUUGGCUUCCAAGCUCCCUUUCUGCGGACCCAACGAGAUCGAGCACAUCUUCUGCGACUUCCCACCACUCCUCAGCUUAGCCUGCACCGACACCUCGGUCAACGUCCUGGUCGAUUUCACAGUCAACGCUUGCAAGAUCCUGGCAACCUUCCUCCUGAUCAUGACGUCUUACCUGCAGAUCAUCAGGGCCAUCCUUCGGAUCCGCUCGGCCACCGGCCGGAAGAAAGCCUUUUCCACAUGUGCCGCGCACCUCACUGUGGUCGUGAUCUUCUUCGGGAGCAUCUUGUUCAUGUAUGUCCGACUGACGAAAAGUUACUCCUUGGAUUAUGACAGAGCGCUGGCUGUUGUAUACGCUGUCCUGACCCCUUUCCUUAAUCCGAUUAUCUACAGCCUGCGGAACAAAGAAAUCAAGGCGGCCUUAAAGAGAACGUUCCACUGCCAGAAAAUAAUGACUAGAGAAAUGGAGCAGCCUUGA